UUGUUAUUUUUUCUUGUUUACGGUAAAUUUCGUACCUGCCUAUCAGCAAAGCCCUUUAUUACCACUAACCCAUAUCUGAUAACAGAAACAUACGAAAGCUGUGUUUACUAUCAUCGGAAAUUUACCAAAAAAUCGAGUACACACUUAUUGAUAAGGGGAUAUUAUUAGUCUUCCAGUCAUUACCCAAUAUUUAUUUGCUAUAACAAAUUGACAUAAACAGUGCGUUCUGCAUGGUUGUGCCUCCACGAAGCCAAAAUGACGAGCAAUUUAUUAAAAAUUGGGUUUAUCGGAGGCGGAAAAAUGGCCCAGGCCAUGGCUAAGGGAUUCAUCUCGGCAGGUCUGGCCAAGGGUGAGACCAUGAUUUCCAGCUGCCAUCCGUCGGACUUGGCGUCGGCGAAGGCUUUCAAGGAAUUAGGAGCCGAAUCUCUGUUCGAAAACGUCCCCGUGGUGAAAAAAUCGGACGUUAUCAUCGUCUCCGUGAAACCCUCAGUGGUGCCGAUCGCCCUCGGCGACAUAAAAAAGGCCGCAGAUGUGAAAGCCGACAAAUUAUUUCUAUCAAUCGCGAUGGGAGUGACAAUAAAGCAGCUGGAACAGUUCUUGCCUUCGGAGUCUCGAGUGGUUCGAGUGAUGCCGAACACGCCCGCCCUCGUCCGCAGCGGCACUUCCGUCUUCGUCACCGGCAGCAGGGCCACCGAGAAGGACGCCGAAACCACCAAGAAGCUGCUCCAGGCCGUGGGGACGUGCGAGCAGGUCCCCGAGGGCCUGCUGGACGCCAUAACGGCCCUCAGCGGCUCGGGGCCGGCAUAUAUUUAUGUCCUCAUAGAGGCGCUCGCCGACGGCGGCGUCAAGAUGGGCCUUCCGCGGGAUUUAGCAUAUAGAUUGGCCUCGCAGACGGUGCUAGGGGCCGCGCAAAUGGUGAGGGACACGAAUACGCACCCCGGGGUGCUCAAGGACGACGUCACCUCCCCGGCGGGCUCGACGGCGGCCGGAUUGCAUUUUCUCGAACAGAAAGGUUUCAGAGCAGCUGUGAUCGGAGCAAUUGAAGCCGCGACCCAGAGAUGUCGCGAGGUUGCUCAAAGCGACCCAACAAAAUAAUUUCGAAAGCACCGACAACCCAUAAUCGUAGAUCAUUCUUAAUUUUAUUUUAUAGAAGGUUUGGGACGCGAAAUGUGGAGAAACAACAGCCAAUUCUUGUGGUUUUCAUACUAGCGAAGUUAAUUAUUGCCAACGGCAAUCGCAUCUACUGAUUCCUUUGGGAUAAACGAUCACUCGAGUGACUUGUAGAACAAUAGCUACUUUGUUAUUAUUGGAAAUAAACAUUUUCUAGUUAA